CAAGGUUAGUCUCACGAAGAGUUUGCACAACGGCUAGGGUUGUCGAGCGGCUGGAAUAUAAUAAGGCCAGACGCAGAAGUUCUUCUCUAGAUCCAGUCCUUUGUUCCCCGGUGUUCCCCUAUGGGCCCAUAUGACCAGAUUCUAGGUCCUCUUCUAAUAGGCAUUCUUUUCAAUACAUAUUUGUAUGGAAUCGUCACAUACCAAUUCGCGUCAUAUUACCGAGCUGAUUUCAACGAUCGACUUGCCGUGAAAUGUGCGGUGGCAUUCUUGCUCGUCCUUGACACAGUUCAUAGUAUAGCGUUAAUCUAUAUGGUUUGGGUAUACAUGGUCACGAACUACACAAAUCCAACCGCGUUGCAGUACUUUGCAUGGCCAUAUCCCUUCACGCCCAUCGGCACCGCGCUUGCCGCACUUGUAACACAAAUAUUUCUCGGUGACCGGAUAUACCGCCUUACCCACAACAAAGUAAUUUACGGUAUUGUCAUCAUGAUGGCUCUCCCCGCAUUUGGUCUUGGAAUUGCUUGCGGUAUCGAAGCAUGGUUCAUCCAUGUGCUUGCUGAUGUGCCACGUGUCAAUGGCCUUGCGACAGCCUGGGUUGUGAUGCAAGUGAUCGUGGACACAUUCUUAACCGUUACAUUAUCUAUUAUUCUCGCUCGUGCGAAGACGGGUUUGCCCAUUACGGACGGCGUUCUCAGGCGUUUGAUACGCGGGGCUAUCCAAACUGGCGUGUUUGCAAUUAUAUUCUGCUUGGGCGAGUUGAUCACUUUCCUGCUGCUUCCAAAUGCAAGCUUCUAUGGCAUGUUCGGCGUUCCAGUUGGUCGAAUCUACUCCAACACUUUACUGGACACGCUUCUGGUGCGUGAGAAGCUUAAAAAGGAACUGUCGAGUACUGCAUUCCAGAGGGCAUCACAGGUGAUGGGCUGGAUACCGAUGACAAGAGUGACGCCGGGACCUGCGGCCACUAGCCUUCACCUUGAAGUCCACCGCAGCUUGCAUGAUACAACAGACGUUACAAGUACAUACGAUGAGGGACAGAAGAACACCAGCAUAGAUCAGCAACAUUAAUCGUAGUUCGUACGGUACAUACAUAUUUUAGGUAAUUUUAGCUAUUGACUCAUGUAGUUGAGAUGAUUAUAAAUACGGAG